UCGACGUACCUUUCAUGCACGCCUAGAAGAGUCUCUCUCUCUCUCUCUCGCGCGCGCGCUUGCACGAACACCGUACACACACCCCUUAUCCGCCAUGAAGGUCCCGCUCUCGGAGCAUCACGGCGAUAGGAACGCGCCGCAGCACAGCGCAGGUGUCAACUUAAGGAGGGCGGCGAUGAUCUUUCCAGCCGUGAUUCUUCUUGCCGUGAUCUCUCUGUGGCUCCUCGUCGUGAGCUCGCUAGUCCAGCCUCAAGAUUAUCCUCCGGCAUGGUUGAUGGAGGACAAGAAUGGCGGCCCCGAGAACCCGGUAUUGGGGGCGGCAGUGGCAGCAGCGGCAGUGCCAGUGGCGAGGGAGAAGAAAUGCGACGUGUUCGUGGGGAAAUGGGUGUACCGCCCGGAUGCGCCGACAUACUACAACAACGAGACUUGCUAUGCGAUAAGCGACCAGCAGAACUGCAUGAAGUUCGGGAGGCCCGACACGGAGUUCCUGAAGUGGCGGUGGGAGCCGGAGGGGUGCGAGCUCCCACCGUUCGAUGCUGCCGAGUUCGCGGAGAUGGCGCGAGGGAAGUCAAUCGCCUUCGUCGGCGACUCUCUGGGGAGGAACCACAUGCAGUCCUUGUCGUGCCUCUUGUCCAGCUCUUCAAGAGCAGGAAGCAAGCUUCAACUUGGACGCGAAGGAAAAGUAGCCCACAAUUAUUGACUCCUUAGCCAAGAAGAAAAGUUCAACUUCAGCUCUUGCACGUUGAAGUCAAUGGCGGUGGAGAUCAGGCGGUGAAUUCCAGGCGGUGGAAGAUGUCUAUAAAUAUGACAGUACGUGAAGCAUUUGAACUCAGGCCAAAAGGCCUCAAGGUGAAGGAGCAGGCCGAAAGGCCUCGAAGGGAGGCUUAACAGCCUCAAGCCACCGCAGGCAGAGCAGGGAGGCUUAGAGCCUCAGGUCAACAGGCCAGGGAGAGAGCCUCACGCCACACGCAGGCGGAGAACUUCAGGCCAGCAAGGAAGCCACGCGUAUGAGAGCUUCAGGGAAAGCCUCCAGCAGUGAGAGCUUCGGAAUAGGAAGUCACCAGGUGCAACGGUGAACUUCAAGAGAGAGGCACUGCAGCCUCAGUAGCUCUGUGUGAACGAGUUAUCCCUCCGUGAUCGAGAAGGGAAGAAAAUAGAAUAGCUGAGUGUAUGCUUGUAUUAAUUAGUUGAGUGUGUUAUUGUAUCAGCUAGUUUGAUCUGAGUAUUUUAAUGCUUCCGCAUAUUUUAUAAA